AUGAGCGCGCCCUUCACGCCCUUCACGAGACGCCACGAGGGCGUUUCUUAUAGGCCUUUUAGUUUCCUGAAUCCUACAAUCAGGAAGCUUCCCUUCAAUGCUAAGCCGUUGGAAACACACUCUAGUGAGGAGCGUUUAGAAGCCGAGGGCGAUGAUGCAACGAAACCCCCGAAAAAGGCAAAUGCUGAGCUCCGAGCUGAGGAUGUACAACGAGAAUUCAGAACUCGCGACAACAGAAAAGGUUGUCGACAUGCCAUAUUCGUCGUUCCCGAUAUUGCGAACAAUCCCAAAUACCUUACACCCCCUGCCACGAACAGUCUUAAAGAGGUGUUGAAGGGGAUAUGGCGAAUGUUCAGCGUAUACCCGUAUUGGGACGUCUCGUAUUUGGUGGCUAUUAUAUUCACACUGGGAUCUGUGGUCUGGUGUAUCAAUGCCUUCUUUGUUUGGCUGCCACUUCAAUCCCCCUCCACCGAGUUUAAGGGUGAGAUCACUGAUGCCGGUGGCAUAACUGCCUUCAUUGGCGCUACGAUAUUCGAAAUCGGGUCCAUAUUGUUGAUGAUCGAGGCUGUCAAUGAGAACCGCUCGGAUUGCUUUGGUUGGGCGUUAGAAGAAGUAUUGGAGGAGAAUGGCCUGCUUAGGUUGCGUCCAGAUGGUUGUACUCAUCAUCACGGAAACAAGAAAAACCUCGUGGGAAAGGGCAAGGCAUUAAAAGGUUGA